CGGCUCCCCUCUUCCCUGACAGACCGAUAAUACACAUCUUCUCUCGCAUGUAUCCCCUUCCUUGUAAACUACGCCAUCAAGUGCAACACUAAUACAUUACCACCGCUACCACCCCAACCCCCCAUACACACACACACUCACGCACGCACAUACACACACACACACACACCUCUAUGCUUCAUCUAUUCCUUCGCUAGACGACCGUAAGAUCUCCUGGGAUCCCACCGCCCAGGCCGUCUGCAUGAACGUGCAGAAGGCGAAUCGCGAAGGAGAAACGCCGAUGCUACAUAAAACGCGAAAUGUUGCAAAAUCCACGACACUGAAGAAGCAGCACUAAUUUUAAGCAACGGCCAAGAAGAGCACUGUACUGCGACGAGCCAUCCAGCGAUAUACUGUUAAGCAGACGGCAGUCUCACCAUACACUAUGCAAGCUGUAUGUUAUUCUUGUAAGAUCUCAUUUCCCCCCCGUUGUACCUUGAGACUGGGGCUCGAUUCGGAUUAAGCGGCAGAAUUCGCAUCGGACGGUCCGGUUUGAUUUCCGCUCGGGCCGUUUGUCGCCUACAACAACAAGGGAUUAUUUCCUUACCAAGAAGAAUGGAUGAAAUAUAGAGGAGGGAAGAAAAAAAACGGCAAGGACCAGAUGACCAAGCGUUGAACUGCGGUGCUGCAAGAGCCUGUUAGCCACAACUUUUUGGGGGAGGGUUUGUCAGUUUCAUUUGACAAUGGAUGAGUUCCACCCCUUUAUUGAGGCCCUCCUGCCGCAUGUGCGCGCCUUCGCCUACACCUGGUUCAACUUGCAGGCGCGCAAGCGCAAGUACUUCAAGAAGCACGAGAAGCGGAUGACCAUGGAGGAGGAGCGCGCGGUCAAGGACGAGCUGCUGGGCGAGAAGGCCGAGGUCAAGCAGAAGUGGGCGUCCCGGCUGCUGGCCAAGCUGCGCAAGGACAUUCGGCCCGAGUGCCGCGAGGACUUCGUGCUGACCAUCACGGGCAAGAAGCCGGCCUCCUGCGUGCUCUCCAACCCCGACCAGAAGGGCAAGAUGCGGCGGAUCGACUGCCUGCGGCAGGCCGACAAGGUGUGGCGGCUGGAUCUGGUGAUGGUGAUCCUCUUCAAGGGCAUCCCUCUGGAGAGCACGGACGGCGAGCGGCUGGUCAAAGCCGGCCAGUGCACCAACCCCGUGCUCUGUGUCCAGCCUCACCACAUCAGCGUCUCCGUCAAGGAGCUCGACCUCUACCUGGCCUACUUCGUCCAGGAGAGAGAGUCCGAGCAGAGCAGUAGUCCUCGCACAGCUAUCGGCUCCGACCAAGAGGACAGCAGAGCAGCAACUAUGGAUGCCCCUGAGUUUCAGGAAAGCUUUGUCACUUCGGGGGUCUUCAGCGUAACAGAACUCGUUCAGGUUUCCAGAACUCCUGUGGUCACAAGCUCUGGCCCCAACUUCUCCCUCGGGGAGCUGCAGGGACACCUGGCCUAUGACCUCAACCCCACGGGUAUAGGUAUGAGGAGGACCCUCCCCAGCACCUCUUCCAGCGGGAGCAAGAGGCACAAGUCAGGGUCCAUGGAUGACGACAUAGACACCAGCCCCGGGGGGGAGUACUAUGCCUCGCCCAGCUCCCCCACCAGCAGCUCCCGAAACUGGCAGGAGGAGAUGGAAGGAGGGAUGUCUCCCACAGUAAAGAAAACAGAGAUGGAUAGCCCCUCCCCCCAGGACAGCUCCCCACGGCUCAGCUUCACGCAACACCACCGGCCGGUCAUCGCGGUCCACAGUGGCAUCUCCAGGAGUCCCCAUCCCUCCUCGUCUUUGCACUUCCCAACGAACCCCAUCCUGCCCCAGGCCGCCUCCACCUACUUCCCACACACGGCCAUCCGCUACCCACCGCACCUCAGCGCACAGGACCCGCUCAAGGACCUGGUGUCCCUGGCCUGCGACCCCUCCAGCCAGCAGCCCGGCCCGUUGAACGGUAGCGGCCAGGUGAAGGUGCCCAGCCACUACAUCUCUUCGCAGAUGCUGGCCCCCCCGCCGCACCCCGCCAUGCCCCGCCUGACGCUGCCACCCGACUCCAAACCCGCAUCCACCACCUCGGAGGGAGGGGCCACUUCUCCCACGUCACCCAAUCUCUCCCUUCAUCACAGCCUACUCAGCCCCCGGGACGCCCCCUUCCAACCGUUCCUUUGUAGGUAUCGGAGCUCGGGACCCUGGUGGACUCUAUCAGGCACAAUCCUGGUACCUGGGGAACUGAAGAAAACCUAUUAUGGCAAGAACACACGAAUAUGAGAUUAUAACUGUUUUCUGGAAUUUUGGACGUGAUGCAGGAGGGAAACACAAAUCUGUAUACACAUACAGUAUAUACACAUAUAUGUGUGUGUGUCUAUAUAUUACUUAUAUACAUAUAUAUAUAUACACACACACAUUUAUAUAUCACGAUGUAAUGUUUCAACUGGCCUUUUGAAGGAAGAGGAUGAUGUGGUUCAGUAAAAAGAGAAGAUGAUGAGGGGUGGCAAGGACGAAGAGAGGGGGCAGACAUGCGUCUUCGCUGGCCCCCACCCAGCGCACUGGCCCCCACCCAGCGCACUGGCCCCCACCCAGCGCACUGGCCCCCACCCAGCGCACUGGCCCCCCCGCCCCGGCUCAGCUACUUAAUGUUCUGCUUCUUCAUAUAUGCAAAAUGACUUUUUUUUUUCCUAAUGGCGGACAUGGGGGGGGCAGAGGGGCGUCCCGCUGGUUUUCCCUCCUCGACGGGAAUCCGCCCUGAUACAAAAGGGGUCACAAGAAAGGAAUGUUUCAAAGGUUUUUUUUUUUUUUUUUUUUUUGUAAAUCCACUUUGACAAUCCUUUAUGCCUCUGCUGUUCACCUCCUUCGCCCCAAGGGGGCGUCCUUUCCUGUUAACACUCAGCGGGCUGCCUCCGCUACGGAUGCUAAAGGUCGCUGCCGUACCUGCUGUUGGUCAUUAGCAUCGUGGCGGUUACCACGACGGCGACGGUCAGAGUGGGGGGGGUGGGGGUGGGGAGGACGAGGGAUAAGUAUGAGCUGUCAAACAGCCACUGCCCCGUCCGAGAGCCAGUUAGUGGUUCAGGGAGGGACAGAAAAGUGUCCCCCGCAUAGCCCCCGCCAUGGCUGCUCCACAGUACUUCCUCAUGCCCCCCCAGCUCAGGAGCAAUCCUCCUCCAUCUUCCCGAAGGCCUGCCCCUCCCUGCUCCCCAUGUCCCGAACAGUAAGGUUACAUACAGCCCUGAAGAGUCUCGUCUCUCCUGAGAAUAGACUCCCUUUAAUUAGUCUUUCCUUUUCUGGGGAAGAUUAAACAUAAUCCCUGUUGUUGCCCACCCCCUCUCUGACCGCUGCCGGGCGUGUUAAACACGUCGUGUCGUGGUUUAGUUCGCAGGUUGGUAGCGGUGACUGGUGAGGUCAUAGGUGAGGAAAACUUUUCUUUUUUAUGUAUUUAGUUUAAAUGUCAUUGGAAAUGAAAGACAUUGCACUACUUUAAAGUUAAUUUCCUUCCUUAGCAGCUAUUUUUUAAUGUUUUGGCGUAAUCAUUUGAGAUGCUGCGAGACAGACGUAGUCCAUAGAAUUCUUAGAGCUAAUGAGCAGGUGUUUUUGCGUUCUUUCGGUAGCUGGGUACAUUACCUUUGAGCAUUGGCUUCUGGAAAGCUCUUCAUACAAUCGGAACUGUUAAUGUCAGCCCGUGGUCCCGUCCCUGUGUGUGUCUGUGAUUCGGGAGGGUGGGGGGCUGUUGGUGAAUAAUGAAUGGCGAGGCCCCCCAGCUUUUGUAUGUUUCUCCUGUCGCUUCUGGUCGAUCCUCCCCUUUGAACAUGUGACCGGACACAGUCAGGGUUCCGGGUCGUGGGUCCUCCCCCCGUGUGUGUGUGCGUGUGUGUGUGCGCGUGUGUGUGUGUUUUGGCUUUUCUGCGGCACUUUCGGUGUUGCCAUGGAGAGAACAAUGGCACUUCUCCGGGUUUAAAGGUUUGCCUUCGCCCGGUGCCUGUCCCUGCCGCGGUGAGACCGAGCCAUAAUAAUAUCAGAAGGUCAGAUUCAGUGAGACUCUGCGUCGGGAUUGGACACCGAACCUGAAUCACAAAGCCAUGAAAAGUGCCUAAGACAAAGUACGAGGCUCUGUCUUUUGUGGGAGGAGCCUCGGGAGGUGUGUUGGGGGCGGGGACAGGGGGCGGGGGCGGGGCUAGCGUGGGACUGCAGGCAAGGACCUGGGGCGGGGUUUGGGCGUGAUGCACUAUGGGGGAGGACCAGGUGGGAAGGGCUCUCAGCCCUAGACGUUCUCUAAAGAUCUGCACCUUUCAGACGCUGAUUUCUGUACACUGGUGUCUCCAUCCGGGAAGCUUUUUAUACCGCUGGGGACGAGACGAGAAGAACUAAAAAAAACUAAAAUAAAUACAUCAUCCCAAGACAGAGUGACGUUUUUAGACAACCCUCUAAUUUUGCUAUCAGCGCUUACAUAAUCAAACUGACACAUAUCAAAGCAAUAUAUAUAUAUAUAGAAAGAGAUACGUGUUUUUCAAGGGAAACCCAUUCAUGCACGUCGAUUACUUUGUGAUAUGAUGCUUGGGAUUUGCUUUGUGGCUGUCAACACCUGCAUUUAUUUAAAAAAAUACAAACACUUUGUGUUAAAGGUGCUGUUAUGGAAUCCUAUAUAAUAUGCAUGGUGCUUUAAAAUGAGGAAAUCACGUGAAUUUAUGCUUUUAUUUUUCUUCUUACUCUUUUUUACUGACCAGCGUAACACUUAGGAGAAUGCAGGACUGAAAGGCUGAUAGCCACAGGAAGCUGUCUGUCCCUUUAACGACCCCCGUGAAAUAACCAUGAAGCCAAACUGAUCGGAUAUGUGCAGGACGUCGUCGGUUCCCAUGGUUCAUUUGGCCUUCCCCAUAAACUCUAUACUUUGCACGAGAUUUUAUAUGCCACAUUAUGUGCCUUGCCUUUUGGUUAAAAGUAAUUAACAGAUAAAGAAAAUAUUUGUUCUGUUUUUAUGUAAUCGGUCUCUGCACAAAAACAACAAAAAAAAUGCAUGUUGAAUGCUUAUCUUAUUCUAAUUAACGUAAUUAAUUAAGGAAAGGUUGCCAUUUGUACAGAGAAGCAUUUUUUAAAAACAAUCUUAGGUAAAGGAGUAAACAAUGUGAAAUAGUUUUUAAUUCCUCCGAUACUGUAGGGGCGCUAGACUAAGGCUGGGUCUCCUGUCUGUUUUUCCUCCCUUGUUUUCCUGCGCUUCAUUGUGAAUCCACGGAAUCCAGUUUAUUUUUUCUAGUCAUGCUUGUUUCAGUCCUUAUGAUCUGUCUUCCAGUUCGUAUUAUUGUAAUAAUGUAUGAAAAUAUGCAAUACCAGUUUUUUCCUGUAUAGAUGUUAGAAACUAGAAACGUUCGGCUGAAGGCAACUUUUUUUUGACUCCCUUGAAUUAGUAUCUUCUUUCUGCGGAAUAUAAAAUGCGUGGAAUGAUUAGUGGUAUUUAAAGGUGUGUUUCUAGUCAAAGCUGACCAAAGGUAGCCUGGUGCACUACGAAGUUAAGUGAAGUAUGGUGUGUCUGUUCUAAGACGAGCGGAUCUCUGAGGCCCGUGUCUGUGGGGUAAUGGGUAGGCCGUGGCAGGGGAGCAGGGUGGAGCAGACGUCUGAAACACUGGGCCAGAUGUACCACUAGGGCGGUGCUGUUGUCACCCUUCCGAUUUUUCAACCUACACCUGGUAUUUUCUCCUUGCUGCUGGACCCGAACUGAGUAAAAAAAAAAACCUGCCGGGUUUAGACUCCCGGUUCUGUGUCCCGGUUCUUUAAUGUGUGACCGGGAUGGGCGGUGACCGCGGGGGAGGUGUUUGUGAGGUAGAGGGCAGUUGUUUAAAAGCAGUCAUACUCUUUGCGUUAUUCGCUGAGCUAGAUCCCCAUGUAGAGCUGAGAUCCUGCUCCACUGCAUCACCCCCAAAUACAAAUCCAACAAAACUACCUGGGUUUGUGAGGAAGUAACUUCCAAAAAGAGGGACCCCUGAGGAUGGUUUCCGAACCUUAUAGCCCCCCCAACUGGGUUCUUGUACUUAGGGGCCCUGUGUUUCUGCGUCCAGCUUCUGGGGUCCACAGCAUGUCCCUUAUGUUCUCGAGCCAUCCUAUAAUGACACACAUGGGGGGGGGGGGGGGGGGUAUGGUGCAGAAAGAACAUGAUAGGCAGGGCAGCACGGCUGCAGAACGCUAACUUGGAGCGAGAGCGCAGGGCGAGUUGUUGGGAGCCACGCGUUGAGUGGAUGCGUCAUGCUGGCGGCAGGAAGUAGCGGAACACUUGAGUGCUGCUUAGAAAUUGGGUCCCCGGGGGACACUUAAAAAUGUGACACAGGUUUGGCGCAACCUCAAUCUCAUUCCUACCUUGUGAGCUAAGCUGCUUUGCCAGAAUGAGGGUUGGGGGUGGGGUUGGUGAGAUGCGCAGUUCUAGAAAGUUCUGUAUUAUACCUUAUUUGAUUUCUUUUUUUUUUUUUGUUAAACAAUGAGAAAUGUACAAAAAAAUGAUCCAUUGCACUGUCCUCGGGCAGAAGGUUUAACGUUGCGGUUCCUCCACAGGUCAAUUCCUGUUUAGCGGAAAUCACAAACAGGCAAACCGUCUUUGUUUAGGGCAGUGGGGUCUGUGAAUUUAGAUACAACAACAGGAGAGCACUUGUUUCGGGGGGGGGGGGGGACACACAAGCAUUCUUCAUUUAACCUGUCGGUAUUUUCCACGAUUGAAAGAUGCAAAGACGCUCCAGUAUUUGAAAGACAGGAUGGUGGGUGAUGAUUCUUUUUGCCUUUUGUUACUGUUUUGUGUGACAGGAGUAUUAUGUGUGAGGAGGCGUUUCAUGCACUUGUAUUCACCGCGAUGGGAAGGUUCAGCUGAACGUUAUGCAGUAUAUAGUGCUGGGUUGGCAGCUUGAGUUGGAUAGCAGGGCUGGAGACUUUGUUUACAUGCCCAUCUUUCUCUUGGGGGUGUUUCCCAGCAUAUCCCACUCAAUAGAGGAGUGCUGGUUAAAAGGCACCCCAGUCAGAUUGCAAAAGAUACACACAGCUGGCAGGUUGUUGCCGUGUCACUCAACAUAGCGACAUGUUCUGUUUGUUUAAAAACGGGACGUGCGGUGAGGCGGGUGUGUCUCUCCCCUGACCCAGAGCCCAACGUUCUGGCUGUCCUAGAAAUCUCCCGCCCUGAAAAAGUGACGUCGCAAGAGGGGUCUUAGCCACAGAGCUGCUUAGUGAUCUAUUGCACAUCAAAACAGGAAGUCGGAAUCCCCCGUGACUACCCCUAGCCCCGCCCUUGUACCGGGGUGGGAACAGACCCCCGUAGCCUCACCUCACACCCCGUGACGAUUUGCACUGUUCCACUCCCACCUCUCAGAUCCAGCCGGCCCUCCAGCCAGGUCACAGCUGUGACCAGGAACAUUAGUGGGAAGGGGCAAGGUGCCCAAAGCCUCCCCCCCUGUAUGGCAGCCUAGCCAAUAGGGGACCGCAACAUCAUCUAUCCCCCCUCCCCAUUUUACACCUAACUCAGACACAUGAUAGAGAUGAAAGCAUUGCUCCAAGAGCAUUUUUAAGAAACAAUUCGAUGAAGUUUGAAAUUCCAAGCAAUUGGCAUUGUUUGCAGUGCUUGUCAUAACUGUAGGGACGCUAAUUAACAUUAGACCUUAUUCUAGAAAACACUGAUGGUGUAUAAAGGAAGGAACGCUAUGUAAAUAUAUUUUUAUAGGAAAGUCACUUUUUUGUGUUUGCGUUUUGUUGUCCUCUGCUUGUGGCGAAGCCAUAAAUCUUGGGAAUUCCUUCCAGGGAAAUGCAGUGGAAAGAGUGUGAGCCCUACCCACAAUGCAUUCCUUCAGCAAAUACCUGUCUUUGGGUUACCGUGCCAACACUUUGGCAACAGUCAGCUCAGCCUCACUUGUUUUUGCUUUAAGCAGAGUUGUCCAGCCGCGUACCCACAAGGGAAUAUGCAAAUUCCAUCAUUUUCUUCCACCACGGAUCAUCUUGCCGGUCUCUUUUUUUUCUCCUGUUGCCUUGCAAGCCUUGAUACCAUACACACACACACACACACGCACACACACACACGCACACACACACGCAUCACUUCUUAGUUUCUGCGAGCCGGACUCAAUAUCCUGGCAUCGACAUUCCGGGGGGAUGACUUAAAGGUACACUCCCGGGAAGUAUCUUCCAAUCCCAACCAGAAAACAGAUGACGGACGAAAAAGAGGGAAAGAGUGAUAGAGCCAGCGAACGAGAGCUAGAACAGCUGCUUUAAUUUUAUUCGUUUUCUUUGUGUUUUUUUCCAUCUUUGCUUUUUUUAUGCGUAACAUUAACCGGUGAAUGUCGCCAGUCCUCUUGGUUUUUGACGUCUCCUGUUUCUUGGAAUGCGCCGCGUCUUUGGCAAGGAUUGUACAGUGGGUGCGGCUGACCGGGGCCUGGUCUCUCUGCGGUGUUCAGGCGUUUCGCGGCCGCUGUCGCCCUCCCUUCGGCCCUCUGGUUGCUAGCGGUGCCCAUCCCUUCGAUGAUGGCUCAGCAUUUGGUCACAGUCGUCAUUUUUCUGGGCUCUCAGUGCCUUUCCUGUCACAGCUCGGUCGGGGACGGUCACUCCUCCCUCCUCGGUUCACCUGUACAGGCUGCAUCCAGACAUUAGGCAACCUGGGCCGUUAGGUCGCCCCCUGGAGGCUCAGCAUUGAAGGCGCGAUUCCUGACUAGAUGUGGUUAGAAUGCAGCAGUAAGAGCUUCAAUCCUUCAGAACAUCCGUCAUUUCAGCCUGAAAGCUACUCUUGCAGUUAGAGCCAAAAAGCCUCUUUUACGAGUACCACAGUUUCUUAAUCGCCGCUUUCUUUUCUCAGCAAAAUCUUUUGGUGUGAAAACUUUGAAUUUGCCGUAUGCAAGGGUCGGACAACUUGCUUGGGGGGGGUGGUCGGACCUGUGGGGCUACGUUUCCGUCACCCCCUGGUUGGUGAUCCCUGGAGGUUUCGGAAUAAGCUCCGAAAGUGUCAUUUGUUGACAUUCCUAGCCAGAAGUCGGCAUGCCGAAUGGAGUUGUCCUUCCCUGAUUCAAACAAGGGCUAAAAUAAACUGAAGUAUCAAUACCUGCUUCAGACACGCCAUAUGCAAUCGUCCGUGUGCCGGGGCUCGUUUUCAAACUGAACAGCUCUUGCUUCUGUGUGCUCUGCUAAAAUGAUGUACACUGUUUAUUGUUUAAAGAGUGAAAUGCACUUCUGGGAUGGUAGGAGAUGGAAAAGAAGGCAAUAUGAGAGGCGUUACAGGGAUGUGUGACAGAGCCCCUGCGAAAAUACCUCAGCCCUUUUGUCUCUACAGGAAUGUUACUUCCUUUGUUUGGGAAUUCCCCCAAUUCCCCCAAUUACCACCCCCCAGAAAGAUUGUAAUGAAACAGCAAGUAUAAUGUUCCGGGGCUCUGAAUGUCAAGCUCCGCCUUCAGACCUAAUUGGUCGACAGUAAGACUUAUGCAAAUCAUAUGCAAAUUGAGGUGGCUGGUGGGCGGGGAAAUUCAAGCGAAGGGGGUAGCAUCAUGGAGACACGUCCUGGCACCUGACAUACGAUGCUCCUGCCAUCUGAGAGACGGUGUGGUAGCUGAACCUCAGCACUACGUGGCACUAGGGAGUGUCUCAUACAGCCUGUUGUCUGGCGAGAGUCCGUUAAAGCGAGAUACCAAUAUUGCGUUUGCCUGGAUGCCCCCUCCACUCCCGAGGAGUCUGCAGGUAAAGAUACAUUGAAAUAAUAAUGAGUAGCUAUAAGCAGUAGAUACCAAAAAAGUCAUUCUCGUUAAGCAGUGCCUGUCGUUUGACUGCCGGAUUCGUCUCGGUCUUCCUCCCUCGGCCUCUGAGCUGUUCUGUGUGUCUCUCUGAGGGAGUCGGGCCCAGCUGAGUCCGUCACUCGAGUGAGAGUUCCCCCCGCAUCCUCGUUCAGUCGUCUACGGCGCCCCGGACAUGCAGGUCGUCACCAUGGGCCCAGGGAACUGAUUUUAUGUUGCCCCCCCCCCCCCCC